AUGGUAUGGUUGGGCGUAGAAAAAGCAAAGGCUAUUAUUCAUGGAGAUCACUCAUUAUCGUUUGACCAGCUGCGGUGGUAUUCAAAUGCUGUGAUGCGCUACAAUCCGGGAAGUUAUGUCAAUAUUGAUUAUAACGCAAAUAGAACAUUCCUUAAAGAAAAGUACAAAGGUCAGCUACUUUCAGCAACGAUGAAAGAUGAAAGCAAUGAGACCACGACCAAUUGGUCGUGGUUCUUGGACGAACUUGGGAAGGUUGUUGAUGGUAAGCGUCAGAUUACUUUUAUUUUAGAUCGUAAUCUUGGUCUGUUAGAAGCUAUGCCAAAGGUGUUCUUAUUGGCUCACCAUGAUUAUUGUUUACAACACUUGAAGAACAAUUUAAAAGACCAGAUGAAAGGAAUUGAUAAUGGAUUUAGGGAUCACCUAGUUAGUAGUUUGGGUAACUGUACUUGCGAGCCAACUAUGGUAGGGUUCCAUGAAAAGCUUGAGAAAUUAAAAGAGGCAGGUAAGCAACGAGCACAUAAUUUUUUCAAAGACUUGGCACCUGAGCACUGGGCGAAUUCAUACUUCAGGGGCAUGCGUUAUGGGGAGAUGACAUCUAAUGCGGCAGAGUCAUUUAAUAAUUGGAUUAAAGAAGCACGCAAUCUUCCUAUCACUCAAAUGGUGGACACAAUUCGUACUCAGUUGAUACGGCAAAUGUCUGCACGGCGUGACCAAGAAACAAGUGGAAUGAGAAGCAAAUCAGACAUACUGGACAUAUCAGAUAAAUCAGGCAGACAAUGGCGCGUGACCUAA